UACAGCAACCGUUGCCACGGACACAAACGAGUUAGAUACAGGGAAACUGAGGCUCCUGGGGGUAUAGACCUUACCCGGGGUCUAGAGAUGGGUCAGUGGCAAGUUGGGACUGUAAUUCAGGCCUCCCCUCUUAAGAGUCAGAAACCCUUUUGUUUAAUUAUUCACUUACAACAUCCCAGACGGACCCGCCCAGGGCCCCGGGUUGUCCCUAGUUUGGGUCUGGAGCAGGGGCUUCUGAUUCACCCAGCCCAGCCCUCAAGACUCCAGGACAGGUUCCUGGAGGGGAAGGGAGCCGAAGGCCCCUGGAGACUUCCCAGGAAGAGCUGCAACUGUGUCCGAUGAGGUCACAAAGCUCCUCCACCGACGGCUCCUCCCCCAGGCCAGGGCUGAGCACCCCUGCAGGGCCAUGUCCAAGCCCUGGGGAAGCCCCACCCUCUGGAACCGCUGAAGCCCGAGGGGCUGGGGCCGGCACCCUGCCUCCGUGCCCCGGGUGACCUACACUUCCUGCAGCCAUCAUGAACCGGCUCUGGAACGUCAGGCGUUUGGAGCCACUCCAGGGACCCCUGAAGUGGGUCCCCACCCUGGGGGAGCUGCAGAAGACCCUCCAGAAGGGCGAGUACUUGCCCCUCCGCCCGCUGCCCAUGUUCGAGAGUAACUUUGUCCAGGUGACCAGUCGAGGGGCCCCAGUGUACGUGCACCACAGAGCCAACCGAGUGACCAUGGGCGUGGCCGCCUCCCUGCCAGGCCUGGUGUUGCCAGACAUCCUGCUGAUGGCCCAGCCCCCCGAGGGCAGGCAGUGCUCCAGCCUCGUCCUCACCAGGAUGAUCCCGCUGGACCUGGCCCACCUCUACGUCCACGACCUGUCUGCCUGGCGCCUGAAGCUGCGUCUGGUCACCGGCCGCUACUACUACCUGGAGCUGGACGCCCCUGACAGUGAGGUCAGCUUCCUGUUUGACCGCUGGAUCCGCCUCAUCAACCUGCUCCAGCAGCCUGCCACCUCCCGGGCUCCCAGGACCCUACACACGCCCCCCAUGGACCUGGGUCACGUGGCACCUCCUGCCUCCACCUGGCGCCGCCAGGACCCACCCCACCACAGACGUUCAGUCAUGAUUGUCGAGCCCACAUUUCCUUACAAGAUUCUGACAGCUCAGAGACAGAGGAAGGCCAAGACCCUCAAGAGCAAAUUCAAGUCUCAGGCCGUGGGUGACUCCAUGCCUCUCGUCUGGUCGCAGCAGGAGCAAGCUGACACGAGAAAGAAAUCUACAGAAAAGAAGUCCCAACCGGACCUCUCCCCUGAGAGACCUCAAGCCGAAAUCCAAGUUUCCGAGAAGCCCAGCAUCACCAUUUGGACCAUCUUCAGCAUCAUUUCCAAUACACCUGACCACAUGGCAUCCUCUUCCAAGGGUUGCUCUGAUUCUGAGGGGGCCACAUGCCUGGCAGGUUUACUUCAGACCCCUUCACUCUGUAUCUCGGAGGACAGCCCUGAAAUGCCCUUGCUGGGCUCCUGUGAUCACUUGGAUAUGUACCCGUGGCAACAGGACAUGGACGACCUGAUGGACCCGGAGGCCAGCACCCUGUCCACGUCCUCCCUCUGCCCAGCCGCCUACCCUCCUGACUUCCGCAGGUGCAACGAACAGGCCAGGCCUCUGGACUCCGUGCAGAGACUGUGGCCGCCGCCCUCCCAGAAGCCCCCAGCCAUCCCUGCUGCCUCUUGUAAGGCUCCAUUCAUCCUUGACCAGCCCCAGAAGUUCUUGGCUGUACCUGCUCCAUCCCGGAAAGCACCAGCUUUUCCUGCUGCUCCCCAGGAGGCCCCAGCCACACCUGGCCCAUCUUGGAAGAUCCCACAUGUACUGGCUAUUCCCCACAAGACCCCAGCCGUGCCUUCCAAAUCUCGGAAGGUCCCACAUGUACCGGCUGUUCCCCACAAGGUCCCAGCCAUGCCUGCCCCAUCUCAGAAGACCACACAUGUAUUGGCUACUCCCCACAAGGCCCCAGCCAUGCCUGCCCCAUCUCAGAAGGCCCCACAUGCACUUGCUGUUCCCCCAAAGGCUGUGUCCCCCUCUGCUCCAAACAGGAAAUCUGUGUUCCUACCUACCCUGUCCCAGAAGGCUCUGACCUUACCUACCCAAUACCAAAUGACAUUGGACCCUGCUACCACUGGCGUGUUGCCUGCGGGAAGUCACGGAGGAGAUGUGCUUGAGCAAAGCAAGCCUGAAGGGAAGCCAGAGCCCGUGGUGUUGAUGGGCACCCAGGAGACAAACACAGUAGAGAUGAGGACUCAGAAAACACCCCUGGAGCUGCCUUUCACCACCACCGAGAAGGAGUCGGAGGAAGUCCUGGUCAGCAGAGCCCAGGACAUCACCGUGGAUGGCUUGAAGGGCAAGGGCAAGUUGGAGGACAAAGUCCGCAGGAUGAAGGAGGAGAUCUCUCUAGACAUGCCGGGCUUCAGAUCCAAGGAGGUGGGGCAGCAGAAGAAGUGGGUCAAGACCCAGGAGCUGGCCAUCGAGGAAGCCUCGCAGGGGCAGACCAGGCCCUUCUCAGUGGAAGGGCUCACCCUUGACAAGCUGAUCAUUGCCAGUUCCAAGGAUCCCUCCUUGAGAUCAGCUCUGGUCAAUCUGCCCUCCUGGCUCUCAACCCAGCAGGGGUCUGCCAUGCCAACUAUGGACACGGUACCCCUCCGCACCACCAAGGUGUCCUUGCUGGAGGAGACGCCGGUGGUGGUCAGGGAGCAGUCACAGUUGGGGGCCUGGGCGAAGGGGAACACGCAUCCAUGGGCGGAGGUGGAGGAGGUGCCCCGGGACCCAAAGGGGCCUUCCAAAGCGUCCCCCUGCCCCAAGCGUGCCACCAGCAGCCCCAAGAUGAAUGUUGCCUCCCUGACUCCCAUCCCUCUGCCCUCAAUGAGGUGGGAAGAUGUAACCGAGUCGCCUGCCUCGCUGACCCCUGUCUCAAAGAUGGAGGCCAGGGUCUCCCAACAGCCCAGGAGAGUAUCUCAAGAGCCCAAGAGGGUGCCGGACCAGUGCCCCAUGGCCACAGUGGGGUCGUCCUUGGAGAUUCUCUUGCCCACUCUCUUGGAAAUUGAGAGUAUGAAGGACACGGCCUCCAAGGUGAAGAAGAUAAAGGAGGAAGUGGGCGUCUUUGCUACUUCGCCCAGCAUGCACCGUUCCCAGCGGCCUCAAUAGCGGGAUGCAGGGGACUCAACCUCAGUCGCCGAAGUGUCCAGAGGAGCCCAGCGAGGCCAGGUAGCCCCUGAACCCUGCAGAUCAGCCUUAUACCUGGAGCUGGCGUCCAGGAGCCCGGACCCCACCCUGUCUCUUUCCUCUUCCUCACAGGCCCCUAGGUGUUGUGCACCUCUACUGUUAAGAAUCAGGGUGCUGAAAAGG